CGCAACGUGUCGUCCACAAAACAUCUGUCAAAAAUUGUUUUCAUCGUUUGUUCCAGCUGCGAAAUCCCCAGCAGCUCUAGCAGACGAGAACAAUUUUUACAAAAUUACUUAUUAAAUUACUAAGUUUUCGUAGUACAAUUUUCAAAUAUUAAGAAACUGAACCCCCAGUGCGUUUUCCAAUUGUUAUAAUAAAAUUUAGUCCAGCCUCAACAUGGCCUCGAAGGUAACUUUUAAAAUUACGCUAACAUCGGAUCCGAAGCUUCCAUUCAAAGUGCUCAGCGUCCCGGAAGCGACCCCCUUCACGGCCGUCCUAAAGUUCGCUGCCGAAGAGUUCAAAGUGCCACCGGCAACCAGUGCCAUCAUCACCGACGACGGCAUUGGGAUUAAUCCUCAGCAAACGGCUGGCAACGUGUUCCUCAAGCAUGGGUCCGAGCUUCGAUUGAUUCCCCGUGACCGAGUGGGGUCACAGUGAGCGUGGCAUUGGAACUGUAAGUUUAGCGAUUUAUGAGGUUUUACUGGGGGAGUUAGAACCCAGUCUGCUUAAAGCAUUUUGAAAGAAUUUCGCUUUCCAUUGGCUUAAGUAUUUUUGUUUUGUCGUUUCCGUUUAUUUCGAGAGUUAACAUAAGUAUUUAAAUUCGGAGAAAUAUAGCAUCAAUUUGUUACAAUUUGA